AUCGGCGUCCCAUUCGAGAGGGUUGUCCGCGUGACCGCAACGGCCGCCGCGGAACGCACACGUGUGAUAAUACGCGACGACAUUAAUCAUUGUAAUUUUCGUCAUCGCGAUAAUAAUGUUACUUAUAACCAUUACACUAUUAUAAUAUUUUUAUUGUUGCCGUUAUUAGCCACGCGGCCGUCAACGCGCGUGUGCGUGCGAAUACAAUUUUUCAGACGUUAAACCGCAUAAUAUCGCAAUAUAUUUUUAACACCCGCGCAGGACACGGCAAUACGACAUUCGACCGUAUUUUCAAUUGAUUUCCACUCAACUAUGAUCUUCGGGUACACGUGGAUUUUCGUCUGUACGUUGAUUGCGUAUUGCUACGGAGAUUACAGUGACCCAGAUGUGCUGUGUAAAACCAGUCUGGACACUUGUCUGAAGAACGUGUCCGUUCUAUUGGAUCACACAGGUCUGAACGGUAUUCCGAAAUCGAAGGCUGACGUGGACGUAGUUUGCAAAGGGUUCAAAAUGGGAAUGAAGUGCUUCGAUGAUUUUUCAAAUUUAUGUCUAUCAUUAGAAGAAAAAAACAUGGUCAGCGACAACGUAAUUGGAGCCAAAUAUACGUUCAAAUUUUUGUGCGACGACGAAACAUUUCAAAGAGACUACUUGAAGUAUACGGACUGUUACCGGGCGAUCAACUCGGACUGGGACUCGUGCACCGCACAGUUCAUGUCUCUGGUCCGCGAAGAGAUGAGCGGCAACCAUACGGAGGACGCCAAGGUGCUGAACCUGUGUUGCGCAAAACAUGGUUUUCUUAACUGUGUGUAUACUACAAGUAAAAUCAAGUGUGGAAUAGAAGAAGCUAUUUUUAUAAGAAAAAUUGCUGAUACAUUAUCUGAAAAUAAAUUUGUGUCAUCAGCGUGUCGACAUAUUGAAUUGGGACACUGUAACAUAGCUCAACAAUCAGCAUACAGUGUAUUCACAAUAAUGUUUAAUUUAUUUAUGGUUAUAUGGUAUUACAAAAUAUAAUGUAAAAAUAUAUUGUGACAAAAAUUAUUUUAUAUUUUUAUUGUAAACAAUAUGUAAACAUAUGUUAUAUUGAUAAAACUAACUAGUAUAAUAUACAGGAUACACAAGGAACGUAAGUUAUCAAUAAAUUAUUAUAUUUAAGACUCUAA